UCGGUGUGCGUGUCCGCGCAGCCGCAGUGCCCCGCGGGUGGGCGGGGCCGGCUCUUGGCGGCGGUUGGUGCGGCCCGGGUGGAGACUUCACGUGCACGCGGGGGGCGGUGCGUCACUGGUCGGUGAGGCGCGGCCGAGGGGUCGGCCUCUGUCCGGAGUUUGCGGCUGGCCCCCUUCUCAGAGGAACUAGGAUGAAUAUGACUCAAGCACGCGUUCUGGUGGCUGGAGUGGUGGGUCUGGUGGUUGUCCUCCUCUACGCCUCCAUCCACAAGAUCGAGGAAGGACACCUGGCCGUGUACUACAGGGGAGGAGCUUUACUAACUAGCCCCAGUGGACCAGGCUAUCAUAUCAUGUUGCCUUUCAUUACUACGUUCAGAUCUGUGCAGACAACACUGCAAACUGAUGAAGUUAAAAAUGUGCCUUGUGGAACAAGUGGUGGGGUCAUGAUCUAUAUUGACCGAAUAGAAGUGGUUAAUAUGUUGGCCCCUUGUGCAGUGUUUGAUAUCGUGAGGAACUACACUGCAGAUUAUGACAAGACCUUAAUCUUCAAUAAAAUCCACCAUGAACUGAACCAGUUUUGCAGUGCCCACACGCUUCAAGAAGUUUACAUUGAAUUGUUUGAUCAAAUAGACGAAAACCUCAAGCAAGCUCUGCAGAAAGAUUUAAAUGUCAUGGCCCCAGGCCUCACCAUACAGGCUGUGCGUGUUACAAAACCCAAAAUCCCAGAAGCCAUAAGAAGAAAUUUUGAGUUAAUGGAAGCUGAGAAGACAAAACUUCUUAUAGCUGCACAAAAACAAAAGGUUGUGGAGAAAGAAGCUGAGACAGAGAGGAAAAAGGCUGUUAUAGAAGCAGAGAAGAUUGCACAAGUGGCAAAAAUUCGGUUUCAGCAGAAGGUGAUGGAGAAAGAAACUGAAAAGCGCAUUUCUGAAAUUGAAGAUGCUGCGUUCGUGGCCCGAGAGAAGGCAAAAGCAGAUGCUGAGUAUUAUGCCGCACACAAAUAUGCCACUUCAAACAAGCACAAAUUGACCCCGGAAUAUCUGGAGCUCAAAAGGUACCAGGCCAUUGCUUCUAACAGUAAGAUCUACUUUGGCAGCAACAUCCCUAGCACGUUCGUGGACUCCUCUUGUGCUUUGAAAUAUUCAGAGGUUAGGACUGGAAGAAAAAGCUCUCUCCCCUCUAAGGAGGCUCUUGAGCCCUCUGGGGAGAGCCCCAUCCAAAACAAGGAGAGCACAGGUUGAUGCAACAGGUGGAAAUGUUCUCCCAUAUCAAGAUAUGGCCCAAGGGGUUAAGUGGGAACGAUGGUUAUACGACUCUUCAGAUUUACAGAGAACUCAUGCUCCGUCUGUUCUGCCUUUCCUGUGGUAGUCCUGGUUUAUCAGCUGAUUGCAGGAUAGAGCCAGCUGUCUGGCACCCACAUGGUCUUUUCAGGUGCAGUUUUAUCAAAUAUCCUGUGUGUGUUCCUUUCUAAACUGGUACUCAUGAAUGAGGGAAAGUCUGAUGCUAACAUACUGCCUGCACUGGAAUGUUAAACACUAAAUAUUUAACAAGCUGUGUUUUUCUUAGCUGAGAUUUAUUGGAUAAUGUUUACAUUGGUCCCCGGGGAAAUGUGUGCUCAGUCAUUCAAGAGAUAGGAGGUCAGAGAGAAGGCGGCCAGGAUGUGGUAAGUGUAAAGAAGACUGAUUAUGCCAGGACCCAGGCUUUCUCUUUGGGGUCCAGUCCCAGCAUUCAUCCAUGUGAUUAGCAUCUAGUCCGCUGAAGUUCCCCAGGAAAUGAUCUUCCACUUGAGCAACUAUUUACUUGAUACGAUUUGCACCUUUUUGUUUUCCUAGAGUCAAGAUGGUGGCCUGCUGGGACAUGCACCUUGCCACCCAAUCAGAGAUUCUUCAUAGAGAUUCCUAAUCAUUAGUUUAUUGCAUUAGUAGGCUCAGAGAUAGAGCUUAGUUUGAAGUUUUGGGUGAGAUGAAACCUUUGCUUUGAACCAAAGCUCUGGGGGCCCUGCAUACCCCUCCAUUGGGUGAUGGCUGUCUGUGUCACUGCCCAGGCCAUGUGUGACUAAGGUGCCUGGUUUUUAGGCUCAGACAACUCCUUCUAUGUCACCUCUCAGCUCUGGCCAAGAGUGGAACAGGACUUUAACCAGAAAUAGAAGCAGCAUCCAGUUCCUAGCUGUUCACUGCACAGUAUUGUAUCAUAACUGCAGGAAGUUUUUAUUUUUAAAACUGGAUUUGGGGUACAUUCGUUUGCCCUGGUACCUCUGCCUAAAGGUCAGAUCCUGGGGCUGCCAUGGUUACUGGCCCACGGGUUCUCCUUCUCAACACUGAUCAGGAGCCCACCGGGUGGAUCAAGGGAGUAACCUAGAAAGCACCCUUGGUCAUCUUUGCCUCCUUCCCUCCUGGCCCUGAGAUGCUGAAAUCUAAGUUGUUCCGCAGCUUUCACCUCAACUAGGAGAUCAGGAUUAUUCCACUGACUUCCUAGGCAGCCAGUGGAUUUAAACUUACGUGAGAGGAUGACAGAGUUAGCCUGUGGCUAUGGGAGAUCUGUUUCAUCUGGACGUUUUUUUAAUCUUAAGAUUAACUUUCUUGAAUCAGUGUGCCCUGUAGUUAGGCCUGAGUUUACACAGUUUAAGACACCAUUUGUGUACACUGUGUUCAAGCCAGACAGAAAAGUCAUGGGACCACUUCCAGAAACCUUUAAGUGAACUGUCAGUCUCAUGACAGCUUCUGGGUUGUGCCAGACACUUAAUACAGGAAGGGAGUCCCAGAUUUGAGGUCUUUUCUUGGGGCCUUAUCCUAUAAAGGCAUUUGUAAUAUGGAAAGAAUAAUUUUUUUUGUUUUUGCUCAUUUAAUUAUAUACAUUCUUUUUAUGAAUGAAUUUUGUGUUCUCUAGCCCUUUUUAAAAGAUUUUUGGAACUAUAUAAUAAACUCUUUACCUGUCAUAUAUUGUUGCUGCAUAUAAAUAAUGAUUGUUGUGGGAAAUCUGGAUCAUUGACCUUUGUACUUUCAUUCCUAGAGAUGUUUCCUAUUCCCAUGAGCUAAAAACUGUUGCCCCAAAGUGAUGAAUAUGGGUUUUCUUACAAACCACAGGCUCUGGUGGCAGAGUUGAGGAACAGGGAAGUAGCACUGUGAAGUUCUCAAGAAAGGACUUCUGCUUAAACUCUCCAUGGAAUGUGCUUCCCUGUGCUCACUGGGGCUCAAAGUCUGCCCCCCCCCCCGCGCCCCCCUUCAGGGAUGUUCCUUUUGGUAAUCUUGAAGUCUAAAUUUAUAUGUGAAAUGCUACCUUUUUUAAAAAAGAAACUAAAUAAAAUUAUUUUACUAUCAGUGA